GAUCCAUAGUCGCCAUGUCGAACAACGUCAUCCUCAUCACUGGUGCCGGUGGGUUUCUCGGUUCACUCCUCGCCCGGACGCUAAUCUCCGACUCGGCUGCACAAGCUACGGAUGUCAAGCUUAUCCUCGCUGAUGUUGUGCAACCCAAGAGCCCCCAUGGAGGGCCGAACGUCCUGGCAGUUCAGGCGAACUUGACAGAUCCCACCCAGGCGGACGCACUGUUCAACACCGCGUUCGGUGUGCCCGACACGGUAUACUGCCUCCAUGGCAUCAUGUCCCGUGGCUCGGAGGAUAACUUCGAUCUCGGAAUCAAGGUGAACGUUGACUCCGUCCGCUCUGUGCUCGAUGCAGCGCGCCAUGCAGGAGAGCGCACAGGAACCUCGAUCAAGUUCAUCUUCGCCUCCUCCCUCGCCGUCUACGGAGGCCCCCUCCCCGAGAUAGUGACCCCCGAGACAAUCGCCACGCCGCAAAGUGCAUACGGCGCGGCGAAGCUCAUCGACGAACUCUUCAUCAACGAAUACACCCGUCGCGGGUUCGUCGACGGCCGCAUCCUCCGCCUCCCCACCAUCGCUGUGCGCCCCGGGCCCCCUGCAGCAGCCUCUUCCGCUUUCAUCUCUGCGAUCAUCCGCGAGCCCCUCCAAGGUGCCGAAACGACGUGCCCGAUCGGCGACAGCCUCACCUCCCCCGCGCUCGACGCACUCGCGCUCUGGCUCGCGAGCCCCGAGACGACCGUGCGCAACUUCAUCCUCGCGCGGUCCGUCCCCGCCUCCGCCUUCGCCGCGCACACGCGCGUCGUCUGCCUGCCCGGGUUCACCGCCACGGUCCGCGACGAGCUCAGCGCACUCGAGCGCGUCGCGGGCCCGGAGGCGGUCGCGCGGAUCCGCUUCGAGGACGACGCGACGAACCGCCGCAUCGUGGGGUCGUGGCCUGCGCGGUUCGAUAAUGCGUAUGCGCUCAGCUUGGGGUUCGUGGUGGAUGAGGGCGGGAUGGUGCCUAUCGUGCAGCGGUUCAAGGAUCAACUCACCGCGGGCCAGGCCUAGCGCCAUUCUCCGUCAUCGCUCGUCUCGCAGCUGUAGAGAUACUUAGCGAUGUAUCGUGCGUA